GUGAAAAACAUGGCCCUUUUAGAUGCAUAUUGAAGUACUGGUACUUUGUUGUGCACUUAAAUUUAAAACUGUUUCCUUAACAAUGAUUUCAGUUCUUUUCAACAAUUGUUAACCGGUGCCAAAGGGCUCUGAGUGGAAAUUAGAGAGGAGAUGCUUUUGUGUUUGAUUUUGCACUGACAGUCUGUGACAAGGAAACAAAGUUGUGAAAAGAGGUGGGCUUUGUGGGUUCCAUCAUUGCUGUAAACAGAAGUAACACACCGAUGGCUUUGAUGGUGUUGCGUUAAGCUUAAGACUAUACAAUGUUUUUCUUGGUGGUACUGGCGCUGCUGUUCUGCACUGAGGCACAAGACCUCCAAAACGUGUUUCUCCUUCAUGGAAGUGAUUUACAACUAGAUGUAAAGAAAUCUGUUGUACUUGACAAAAAGACUGACUUUUUCUGGAAGUUUAAUACCACUAAUUAUGUUGGUAAACUUAGUUAUAAUAAAGAGGCAGUAGUGUUUGACGGUUAUGAAGAAAGAGCUGAGGUCUUUGGACAAAAUUUCUCUUUGGUAUUAAAGAAUGUAAAACACAGCGACAGUGGAGAUUAUACUGCAGUUGUGGUUGGAGGACAAGAGCAAAGUAUAGCUGAAUACAAGGUCAUAGUCCAAGAUCCAGUAUCUCAUGCUGACCUGACAGUGGACCAUCUUUCCAGCAGCUCAGACUCCUGUAACCUCACUGUGACCUGCAGCACAGUGGACUUUAACAUCAGCAGUACUUUUAGAUGUGAUGCCCAAAACUGCCUGCAGGUGGAAGAAAAGAGCUUAAAGGUCUCAAAAUAUUUUUCUUCUCUGAUUGUUUACUUGCAGCAAGAUACCAUCUUUUGUAAUCAUAGCAACAAAGUGAGCUGGAAAGCGAACAAGACGGUGAUCAAGCCGUACUGUGAAAGAAAAUCAGGUUCAGAUGGUAUCUCCGUCUGUGUGGUGAAGACAGUCGUGUUCUCUGUCGGUCUGAUUAUCAUGGUGUUUGCUGUCAUCAGCGUGCAUCUCAUGGAGAAGAAAAAGAAGCAAAAAUAAACCUUUCUAAUGCAUAUAAA